UUCAUACUAUAUUAAGAUGAGAAAUGCUUCAAUAUAUAUCAGUCCCUGAAAACACCUCUCAGCAACAACACAUUCGUUACCAAUUCUAUUGACACGUGUUCAAUCAUGAUUGAACUUAUUUUUUUUACCUUAGUAAGUAUGGUAGCAGCUUCUCCAAUUACCAUUACCGAAUUUCAAGGAAGAUAUUAUUUACCAUUUUUCAACAAUUAUCAAAACAUCGAAAGAUCAGAUAGUUAUGCUGCAGCCACUGAAACUGAAGGAUAUAAUGAUGAUGUAACAGGAACAGACCCGCAUUAUUUUUCUGGGGAAAAUUCUGGAGGUCAGAUUGAAACCAGUGGUGGUGGCGGCUAUGAAGGACAACAUGAUUAUUCUUCCUACGCUGAUUACGGAAAUUACCACGGUUCUAAUGGUAAUCCUCAUGGCCUUGAAGACCACGGGAACAAUUACGUUCACAGUGUUCCUGUGUCCGAACAUGUAGAGGUCACUAAACCAAUUGCCAUUCCAGUUUAUAAAGAUAUUGGAAUACCAGUUCCUCAGCCAGUGAAGAUCAAUGUGCCUCAUCCAGUGGCAAUUGGCGUUAAUCAACCAUACCCAGUUGCAGUUCCUGUCGCGAGGCCAGUUCCUAUUCAAAUUAUAAAAACCAUAGCUGUUCCUGUUGAAAAGAAGGUUCCUUAUCCUGUAGAAAAACAUAUACCUGUUCCUGUUGAGAAACCUGUACCUAUAACAAUUGAAAGACACAUUCCUGUGCCACUUGUGAAACCUUAUCCAAUUAAAAUUCCUAUUUAUAAAACAAUCUAUCAUCAUGCUAAGGGCCACAGUCAUAACAAAGACAUUUCCGUGCCCAGAGGGAUUGACACAAAAGAAUUACUCAAUCUUCGAUUACGUCAAUAUAAAGUGCAUCUUCACACUUUGGACCCAAAACGGCAACUGCCCAAGUCACCCCUUGGAAAACCGCGCUUUCCUUCGGAGUCGCCAAAUUCCUCUCCCUCGCUGUCCCCGACUAGCCUAGAUCAUAUGGUUAUCAUAUGGUCCUUGAACCGCCUAAAACUCAGAUUAAUUAUUGGGUCCUUCGUUUCUGAAACAACCUUGGCCAAUUACAGAGCAGAUUCUCAGUUAUAUAAAUGGCAAACUGUAAUAACAAGAAAGGAUCAACGUUUAAAUAAAGCAAAGAGUUUUCUUUCAUCAGCCAACAGUAGAGUCGACAAUAUGGGGAUUUUAAAAAAUUCAAUCAUUCCUACAACACCAACAUUAUUUAGGGCUUUAAGAAAUAGUAAUAUUAAAGGACAUUUUAUUAAAAAAGAAAAUGAUUUAAAAAGAGGUGAGACAUCGUAUCAAAAACAUACCACAAGACCGUAUAACCCAACUGUUUUAACGUUGGGACCAUCAGGUGACAUCAAAAGUCAAGUAAAAGCUUCUGAUUUAAAACAUGAACCUAAUGGAUUAACGUAUAAUCCAACUAUUAUAACGCUAGGACCAAAAGGUAACAUCAAAAGUCAAAUAAAGGCUUCUGAGUUAAAAUCUGAACUAAAUGGAUUAAAUAAAGGCUACGACUCUGCUAUGAAAGUUAUGGAAUCAUCUGAUAGUAUGAAGAACUAUAUUCCUGUUUCAACAUUUAGAGGUUCUAGUGGACAUGAUUCGUCAAUAUCACAUGAUACCAUCAAUACCUUUUCGCCUUCAUACUAUAGCGGUACCAAUAAAUAUGGUUCUCCUCUUUUUAGUGCUACUGGUACCAAUGGAUAUAAAUCCUCUAAUUCAGAAACAGAUGUAAAUAAUCAUGGUUCGUCAAUUUCAUCAGUUGGUAAAUACAAUAGUUAUGGAAAUCUUAUUCCUUCGGGAAGUAGUGCCAGUAGCUACGGUUCUCUGAACCCAUCAAAACCAAUCACGAACAGCUAUAAUUCAUUGUUAAUUUCUUCAAAAAAUGGUGCUAACAGUUAUAGUUCUCCUAUUUCAUCAGGAAGUGAUACCGGCAAAUAUGGCUCAUCAUCAUACAGUCAUACCAGCAGUUAUGGAUCUCCGGACUCAUCUGAAAAGACGUUAGGUGGGAGUAAUACUUACAGUUCUUCUUCUUCUUCUUCUUUAUCAUCUUCUUUGUCAGACCCAUCAUAUAGUGGUGCCAAUAGUUAUGGUAUUCCUUUAGCACCUACUGGUGCACCUUCAAAUACUGUGACUGCUCCUAUCUAUAAGAACGUUGUUCAACAACCGGUAGAAGUUGAAAUGGAACAUCCAAUUGUGUUUGGUGAAUCUCAACAUUAUCCUAUUCAUGUACCAGUUUCUCAUCCGGUUCCAGUGCCCGUAAUAAGAACAAUAGCUGUUCCUGUGGAAAAGAAGGUUCCGUUUCCAGUUGAAAAAAUUGUUCCAUAUGCUGUUGAAAAACAUAUUCCAUACACAAUUGAAAAGAAUAUUCCGGUACCAGUAGAAAGACCAUAUCCAAUUCAUGUUCCUGUUUAUAGACAUAUUUAUCAUCGGUAUAAAGGACAUGGCCAUCGUAUGGGAUAAAGGAGUAUUAAAAACAUAUGCUUAAUUGAACUUUGUAUAAUUUUCUACCCAAUAAGAUAAUUUUAUUAUGAAAAUAUAAAGCGUUUCUACAACUUCAGAAAAAUAUUAUAGGGUUUAGUAAAAAUAAAACGUAAUUUUUUCCAUUGGCUCAAGAAACUAGUCAUUUU